GGUGAUAUCGAACGCGCGUGCGUGUGCAAGUUGAUCGGUGCGUAUGCUUGGAAAGGUCACGGUGAAUUAGACAGGCACAGAGGUAGCGCGAGACACGGAGAGACGGCGUGGUUAGAGAGUGGAGGCGAACGGAGAGGAUUCCGCGCAAAAGCCGGCUCCACGGCCGGUCCCCCACUCGCUAACUUGUUGAGUCUCUCUCGGCAGGUGUGCUCCACGAAACUCUCUGCAGCGGAGCCUACCACGAUGACGAACCUUGUGUUCCUGCUGCUUCUCUUCUGCUCGAGUUCCGUCAGGGCGAACGUGUCCGCGCAGAGGAACAACGUGCACAACGAUCCCAUGGUGGUGGAGACCACCAGCGGCCUGGUUCGCGGAUUCUCCCGUAUGAUACUGGACAAGGAGGUUCACAUAUUCUAUGGAAUCCCCUUCGCCAAGCCUCCGAUAGGACCGCUUCGAUUCAGGAAGCCGCUGCCCAUAGAACCCUGGCACGGAAUCCUGAACGCCACUGUGCUGCCCAACAGCUGCUACCAGGAGAGGUACGAGUACUUCCCUGGCUUUCCAGGGGAGGAAAUGUGGAACCCCAACACCAACAUCUCCGAGGAUUGUCUGUACUUGAACAUCUGGGUGCCGCAGAAGUUUCGACUGAGACACAAGGGCUCGGAGCCGCCGAACAACGGGGACAAGAACGGCCUGCCACUUCUGGUCUGGAUCUACGGGGGUGGUUUCAUGAGCGGCACCGCUACCCUGGACGUCUACGACGCGGACAUCAUGGCAGCUACCAGCAACGCCAUCAUCGCCUCCAUGCAGUACAGAGUUGGCGCUUUUGGGUUUCUCUAUUUGAACAAGCAUUUCACCAACAGCGAAGAGGCUCCUGGCAAUAUGGGUCUGUGGGAUCAGGCUCUGGCGCUCAGAUGGCUCAGGGACAACGCGGCGGCCUUCGGAGGCGAUCCUGACCUCAUCACCAUCUUUGGCGAGUCCGCCGGAGGCAGCUCCGUGUCUCUGCACCUGAUUUCUCCGGUGACUCGCGGUUUGGUCCGCCGAGGAAUCCUCCAGAGUGGCACUUUGAACGCUCCAUGGAGCUACAUGACCGGGGAGAAAGCGCACGAAGUGGCCAGGAUACUGGUCGACGACUGUGGCUGCAACUCCACCAUGCUUCAGGAGAAUCCUGCCAGGGUGAUGGCCUGCAUGAGGUCCGUGGACGCCAAGACCAUCUCUGUCCAGCAGUGGAACAGCUACUGGGGCAUCCUAGGUUUCCCAUCGGCGCCCACCAUCGACGGAAUCUUCCUACCUAAGGAUCCUCUGGAUCUUCUCAGAGAGGCCGAUUUCAAGGACACGGAGAUUCUCAUCGGGAACAACAAGAACGAGGGCACGUACUUUAUCCUCUACGAUUUCAACGACAUCUUUGAGAAGGAUCAGGCGAGUUUCCUGGAACGGGAGAGGUUCGUCGGCAUCAUCAACACCAUCUUCAAGAACAUGUCCCAGAUCGAGCGAGAGGCCAUUACUUUUCAGUACACCAACUGGGAGGACCCGUACAACGGCUACAUCUACCAGAAGAUGGUGGCGGACGUGGUGGGCGACUACUUCUUCAUCUGUCCGUCGAUCCACUUUGCCCAACUGUUUGCGGAGCGCGGCAUGAAGGUCUACUAUUACUUCUUCACUCAAAGGACCAGCACCAACCUAUGGGGUGAGUGGAUGGGAGUGAUGCACGGCGACGAGGUGGAGUACGUGUUCGGCCAUCCUCUCAACUCGACCCUCAAGUACACGGAAAAGGAACGAGACCUGUCCUUGAGGAUGAUACUCUACUUCUCCAAGUUUGCCUAUUCGGGGAAACCGACUGACGAGGAAGCCGACUGGCCGCCAUAUUCGAGGGACCGACCGCAGUACUACAUCUUAAACGCGCAGGAGAACGGCCUUGGGAAAGGACCACACACCACGUAUUGUGCUUUUUGGAACGACUUUCUACCAAAGCUGAAGGGAGUGCCAGAUGUAACUCCGAAAGCCUGUAACAGCGCGAUAGCUUCGAGCGUGUCGGCAGGUGCGGAGGAUCUAGGCAACUCCCUGGCGAUCACGGCGCUGUCGUCGAUCCUGGUACUGUCGAGAGUCAUUUAAAGACAAUGCAAGGGGGACCGUUUAUCGAUCGACAGCCUUCUGAAAGCCAGCAAUCCGGGGUUCAAACAGUUGCACAGGUAUUAGGGCUUCGUUCACGGUCCAGGAUCUCGUUAGUGGUUAACACCCUGCUAAUCGUUUGGGUAGAUCAAUGGGUCCCGGCUUACCCAUUGCCGUCGAACGACCACUUUUCUCCCUCCCAUAGACAAAACACGAAAA